AUGACGAUCAUUACUGACCGAAUUGAUGCAAAAGCAAAACAUGGCCAGUUGCUCGCGUGCUUGGCUAACUUGGGAGCGAUUAGCGGGAGAGCCAAGAAGCCAUCAUUCAACGUUGCCAAGCUUAGGGCCGAGGUUCGAUCCAGUGGAAGGGAGUCGCAUGGUUGGCAUGGAUGGAGGACGAAAAGGAAAUUAAAUGGCGUCAAGGGCGGAUUGCUACGUAGUAUCGUGUGGAUUUGCAUUGGUAUGAAUACGCUGCAUUAUACCCGCAAGCGAGAGGAGAUCAACGUCAACAAAUGCUGA